AUGUUUGCCCUCGAGAGAGAAGCCAUGUUUCCUGUGAAUGUACCUCGGAAGAAGAGAACUCCUCGUAGCCGCCCAUCGCCAUCUUCCAUGGCAACAACAACACCAUGGACACGUGUCAUCGAGAAACAGAGAUCCGUUGAACUACAGAACCCGGAAACUUCUCCUUUUUUCGCCAUUAACGUCUCCAAACAAGAAGAAGAGAGAAGUACUCGCAAGAAACCUAAAAUCUUGUUGCCCACGGAAUCGACUCCUUCUGAGUGGCUCUUGAACGUGAUGAUGCGCGAAGGUAACGGAUACGAUCCAAAGCUGAUCAUAGCGAAGAAACUGUUUCAGAGUGAUCUCGAUAUAGGGCAGAGACGUCUCUCGAUGCCGUUAAAGCAAGUAGUGAACAAAGAUUUUCUUACGGAGGAGGAAUCAAGAAUCAUAUACGAACAAUCAGAGUCGAAGAUUCGUAAAGAAGGUGUGAGUGUUGAUUUGAUUGAUCCUAACUUGAAGAAACAUGCCGUUAAUUUGAGGAGGUGGCAGAUGAAUGGAGGCUGGAACUAUGUUUUUUAUGAUAAUUGGAAUGAUGUGGUUGCUAGUAACACGUUUAAAGUCGGCGAUGUCUAUCAUGUCUGGUCUUUUCGAUCCGGUAUAGGAAAGCUCUGUUUUGCUCUCGACACUCCUCCUUCUCCGACUAGAAAUUCCGGUCAAGAUGGAGGCUCUACUUCCGUGGUCGAGAGUAUUGGUCAUGCGCCUGAAGACUUACCAGCUGAAUCUAUGGGAAGUGGAAGCGUUCUACCUCAUACGAUGGACGACCUCCUCUUUGGCGAUUUAACCCAUUUGGAGACUCUUUCCGGCUCCCACAUCGACAAUCUACUCAACAUCAACGAAUUCGAUGAUAUCGAAACAUUCUCCUCUUAUUUCAACGCAAAUCCAUCUGAAAAUUGGGUUUCAAGUGCUUAUUGGUAUUGGUGCUGGAUAUUGGAUGGACUUAUACAUGUUGAAUGUCUGUGA